AAAACUCUUUUUUUUCUUAUUUAAAUGUUGAUACCCGAUAAACGCGGCAGAGUGAGACGUCGCUCUGUUUUUGCCUCUCUGAUUGAACUUCCUGAUGCCGUCUUGGCCCCGCCCACAUCUUUGAAACGUCAACAGCGCCAAACUUUAGGCUCCCGAACGGGGAAAAUGCCCACUGAUGCCAAGGAGCCUCAAUGGAGAAAAGUCCUCUCCGUUACGGGAGUGGUACCGCGGUCCAGACACGGACACCGAGCUGCAGUAAUACGGGAGCUCAUUAUUGUGUUCGGUGGUGGAAACGAAGGGAUAGCAGAGGACCUCCAUGUUUACAACACUGUAUCAAAGCAGUGGUUUCUGCCUGCGGUGAGGGGUGACAUCCCGCCCGGCUGUGCUGCCCAUGGUUUUGUCUGUGAAGGAACUCGAAUACUGGUCUUUGGGGGCAUGGUGGAAUUUGGCAAAUACACCAACAGCCUCUAUGAACUUCAGGCUAGUCGCUGGCUGUGGAAGAAGCUGAAGCCCAGAGCACCCAGGAAUGGAUUGCCUCCCUGCCCUCGGAUUGGACACAGCUUCACUCUUGUGGGUAAUAAGUGUUACUUGUUUGGAGGACUGGCCAAUGAUAGUGAAGACCCCAAUGGCAACGUACCAAGGUACCUGGGUGACCUUUAUGAGCUGGAGCUGCAGCCCGUAACGGGGGCAAGAGGCUGGAGCAUCCCAGAGACAAAAGGUGGUGGUCCUUCAGCGCGGGAGUCUCACAGCUCGGUUGCUUAUGAAGGCCUCGGGUCCCCAAAGCUCUACAUCUUUGGAGGAAUGCAGGGAUGCCGGUUGGAUGACCUCUGGCAGCUUGACCUCAACACAAUGGUGUGGUCAAUGCCUGAAACAAGGGGUUCCACACCACUUCCCAGAAGCCUUCACUCUGCCAAUGUCAUUGGAAACAAGAUGUAUGUGUUUGGAGGCUGGAUUCCCAUUCCGGAGUCAGAUGAACACAGUGCUCUAGGAACUGAAUGGAUCUGCACUAACUCUUUAAGUGUACUCAACUUAGACACUAUGAGCUGGCAGAACCUGGGACCAGAGGAGCAAGAUGACAUUGAGUCCCAGCUACAGAGCCAGGGACCCCAGAGUGACGAUCCGUAUGCCUGUAGGCCCAGAGCCAGGGCCGGCCACUGUGCUGCCACUGUCGGGUCCAGGCUUUACAUUUGGAGCGGCCGCGACGGAUUCCGUAAAAGCUGGAAUUACCAGGUCUGCUGCAAGGAUCUCUGGUACCUGGAGACAGAUCGACCAGCCACCCCAGAGGCUGUGUUACUCAUCAAAUCCACCGUCAGUAUGCUCCAUGUAGCGUGGCGCCCCCUGGCUGCAGCAGACUGCUACAUCCUUCAGAUCCAGCCUGUGUAUCCUCCCAAACCUGCAGCCAGCAAUCCUCCAGCCGAUCCCACACGAACAGAUGGAAAAGAGGGCAAGAAUAAAGAUCCUUCAGGUGUGCAGUCUCUUCAACCUCAGAAUGAAGGAACCACAAACAGAGAAGAGAAAGCAUCAACUCAGGACGCUUCAGUACAACAGGAAACUUCAGUGAAAUCAUCCAGUGGCUCAGCAGAGACCCAGGCACCAGGAGGGAGGAGAGACCCAGACAACUCAGGCCAGAAAAGCUGCCCUGCUGGACUGGAGGCGUCAGCAACAGAGCUCAGCGGCUCUGCUCAGCAGCAGUCAGAUAAACCUGUUUGUCCCGACAAGACAGCAGAUUUCUACGCCCACACAGAUCAGCAGAAUCCACUUGAAGCAGUGUGGUUUGAUGUCGGUGUGUUCAAAACACUCUUCUCUGAGGUCAGCCACUACUUCCUCCCUGCUGACAGUGACCAGGUGACUUCAGCCAUCAGCAGCCGGCCCCCAAACACCAAAGAGCCCUUCGCCCAGAGGAAGCUGCCAGGGCCUCAGGACUACCAGGGCAGGGAGAAGCAGGAGCUGACUCCAGGUCAGACAUACAGGUUCAGAGUUGCAGGCAUCAACUGCUUUGACCAGGGAGAUUUCAGCCCAGUCAGUGAGUUCAAGACCUGUCAACCUGGUUUCCCUGGAGCGCCCUCUGCUGUCAAGAUUACCAAGGCUAAUGAUUCAGUCCACAUCACAUGGGAGGCUCCACCCUCUCCAUCAGGCCGGAUCCUGGAGUAUUCCAUGUACAUGGCAGUGAGGAAAAGCCGCUCCACCACCUCGGAGCGUCCGGGUCAGAUGGCCUUCAUCAGGAUUUACCGUGGUACCAAGAUGUCCUGCUCGGUCAGCUCCACCCACCUGGACAAUGCCCACAUUGACUGCUCUGCCUCCAACCGGCCAGCCGUCGUCUUCCGCAUCGCCGCCAAGAACGAACAGGGCUACGGCCCAGCGACGCAGAUCCGCUGGAUUCAAGAUCCCAGUAAAUUGCGAACAUCUGCUUCCAAAGCAGACAGCAGUGCUGAGGCUGACCAGGAUGCUGCUGACAGCUCCAGCUGAAAACAUUUAGGAAAAAGACUGUGCACUCAGGAAGCUGGCAAUGUACACCACUCAGAUGUUGUAUAUCUCUUAGAUAGUUUUGUUAAUUUAUUUUUUUAUGUAUUUAAUUAUACCCUUGUUUAUAUAUACACACACACACACACACACACACACACACACAUUUUCACAGGAAGUGUAACCACUUGGUUAUUUUAGUAAACAAAUGUUUUGUUAAGUAAUGAUAUGUGAUAUGAUGUAGACCAAACUACAACUACUACCACUAUUGUUUUUAUAUUUAAGACUCUUAACGGUUGGAGGUGCCUUAGCGCUCACUUCACCUUCCACUAAUGCUUCAUGUGUCAUAGUUGUGAAUGAAACACAGGUGGUGAUAUGCUUUCAGGAACAUUAGAAGGAAAAUGUUUUGUUAGUGUGUAACACCUUUACAAUCCUAAUCCAGCCCAGUGAGGUUUUAAAAUAUACAUCUGUAUAAUGAGAUGUUGUUUUAUAAUCUGAUCAUUUCUUGUUCCACGUUUAGUUUAAAAUCUUUGUUAAUGUGUCUUGUCAUUGUACAUGGCCACAUGUUACUGCAAACAUUAUUUGUAAUCAUUACAUAUCUGCAUCACA